GCUAUCCACAAUCAAAAUCUAUUUAAAUAUGCACUAUCACUUCCUGUAAUUCAAUGUAAAAUAUAAAUACAACGGCAGCAUGCCUUUUAUUGGUGUUGGUUUAACGCUAUUGUUACUUACCGGCGGCAGCUUUUUCGUAUUGGGCACCUACUAUCAGCACAAUGAUUUCCUGCAUAAACUGCAACAGCUCAUACAAGAGGAUCCAUACGCGUUCUAUAUACGCACGAAAUUAUAUGCUACGCUACAACUAUUCAAUAUGAACUGUCUGGAGCAGUCAGUCGGUGCUGGUUCGCGUAUGUCAGAGAUUAUGAAAUACGGUUUCCCGGGGCUAGACGACGUACGUGUCUAUUCUGAUUUUGUGCUGUCUUAUGAUCGACGCAAUCGCGUUGCACAUUGGGUUUAUGAACAUUUACGUGCGCCCUGUGUCAAAUCUAAUGGUAGCGGUGUAAAUCGCAAUGAAGCUGUUUAUCAACCAGAUAUGAGUGUACCAUCCAACUUUCGUUCUGUUUUAACCGAUUAUAAAAAUUCUGGUUUCGAUCGUGGUCAUCUAGCUGCGGCAGGCAAUCAUAAGUGUCAUCAGACACAUUGUAAUGAGACAUUCUUUCUGACUAAUAUUGCGCCACAAGUUGGUAAGGGUUUCAAUCGUGAUGUUUGGAAUAAUUUGGAAAUUUACGUACGCGAGUUAACUGAGCGCUACGGUUCUGUGUAUGUUUGUACCGGACCACUUUAUAAGCCAAAGCGUCAAAUGCCUGCAGUUACAGAGGUGGAGAAUAGCAGUACGACAAAGGGAAAAUGGUGUGUGGAAUAUGAGGUUAUUGGUGAAAAUACAGUCGCUGUGCCUACACACUUUUUCAAAGUAAUCACUGUGGAAUCGAAAUUACCGGGCGGACAACCAUAUAUGGAGGCAUACAUAAUGCCAAAUGCGCCCAUUAGCACGAAUACGAAUAUACGAAAUUUCCUUGCUGACAUCAGAGAAAUUGAGCAUAUUGCUGGGCUGCAAUUCUUUAAUGGCUUGCGCCGUAGUUUCUUCUUUGGUACUAACUACACUACAACUCCGGAAAUUUAUAACAAUUUUCAGUAAAUAAUCUGUAGUGGAAAGAUAUUAUUAAUUAUAUUUGAUGAAUAUUAUAAUAAAUGUACGUUUUAACUUAACUGCAACUAA